AGAGAGAGAGAGAGAGAGAGAGAGAUACGUUGAUUGACAUCUGGAGUGUCCUGCAGUAAAGAUGUGUGUAGGGAGAUCGUUUAUAUAUAGCGGCGCGUCCGGGCACAUUGUUCAUAAUAACCACUCUGAAGCACACUGCGCGGCUCAAGUUGAAGGCUAUUGCAGUUAGUACCGCCAGGAAUAGAACAAAACAAGCCUUUUCGGAAAACGGACGACUAAAAUGUAUCAAUAACACGAAUUUGCUUGAAGACACCCAAAUCUCAAGUUUGAACUGGUUUCAUUUUGACAUUUUGAACUAAUAUUUGGGCACAGUGCGAAAGCCAAGCACAUCGGGACAUCAUGCACUGUCAAGCCGAGUUGAGACUCUCCUCCUCCGGGCAGCUGAAAGCAGCCAGGCGUCGCUACAAGACUUUUAUGAUUGACGAAAUUCUUUCCAAGGAAACUUGUGAUUACUUUGAGAAACUUUCUCUUUACUCAGUAUGCCCUUCACUCAUCGUUAGGCCUAAACCUCUGCACUCAUGUUCGGGAUCCUCCUCACUGCGGGCCUACCCCCUUCUCUCAGUCAUCACGCGGCAGCCCCCCAAUAUGCCCCCUCACCUCUCCCAGCCCUCAUCUCCCGGCCAGGUUCCCCACCUGCCGCUGCUCUCCCCCCAGCACCACUCCCGGGUCUCCGAGGCCUCCCACAGCGAGACACCUGUCAGCAUCAGCAGCGAGUCAGACACGGAGCACAGCACCACCCGGCUAAAGAAACCCAGACGCAGCCGCACCAUCUUCACUGAGCUGCAGCUCAUGGGCCUGGAGAAGAAGUUCCAGAAACAGAAGUACCUCUCCACCCCUGAUAGACUAGACCUGGCCCAAUCCCUAGGCCUCACACAGCUUCAGGUGAAGACCUGGUACCAGAACAGAAGGAUGAAGUGGAAGAAAAUGGUGCUGAAGGGAGGACAGGAGGCCCCCACCAAGCCCAAGGGCAGGCCUAAGAAGAACUCCAUCCCCACCACCGAGGAGAUCGAGGCAGAGGAAAGGCUGGCCAGGCUGGCUGAGGAAGAGAGAAUGAGGAGGGCAGCCGAAGGGGCCUUGGCCGACAGAGAAGCACCCCAGUCGGAACCCCAGGACCUCAGCACGGUCGCCGGGGCUCCAGAAACCUACAAUCCCACGGCGGUGAGCGAGGGUCGAGAGCAGCAAGAGCAGUCACUCCCAAUGCAGUCAGAGACACAUGCUGCCAGCUAAAGAAGACAGUUAUUCAUGUCUGAAUGAAACAGCCAAAGACUGGUGCUGACUGGAAAACAGAAGCACUUACUGUAGUGCCUCAGGAUCACUGAAAAAAGCCUGUCUGGUAUUGAUUAGUCAGUCGUGUUUGAGGUUUGACUAGAGUGGGUGACAUUCAUAGGUACGGUAGAUCAGUUUGGUUUUGCCAUAUCACUUUUGCCAUAUACUGUAAUAAAAUGGUGUUUAAAAAAUAGUUUACAUGUAGAGUUAGACGUAUACACAAAUGAAACAUCCAGAAUUGUACAGUGCAUUUUGUCCCUGUGUUUUUGUUUUCCUUUUAGAACAACAUUAUCACCUCCCCAGCCUCAGACCUGCUUGUUUACCGAGAGAGGACUCCUUUAGUCACAUGCUAUCCAGUUUGCCUGAGUGUUGUAGCUAUAUGUAAAUCAACACUGUGCCACAGAUAUAACACAAAAUGACCACACUGGUCAUAGUGCCUUUUUCUCUCAGAGGAUAUAACAAGCUUUACCAGUCUAGCAACACCAAGGUUUAUUAAUACCAAAUUCAUAUCAAGUGUUCUUUUACAGUGUUUUACUUUUGCUUAUUAAAAAGAGCAACACUUUGGUAAAUAAUUACUAUAUGCUCUGAAUUACAGUUAACACUGCCGUUGUACUUAUUUUGUCAAGCUUUGAAAGGAAUUGUAUUUCUGUCCAUGAGCUACAGUAUCGUCUUGUUUAUUUGGUCAAUUAACUUGUGUUGUGUUGCUUUACAUUGGAUAGGUUUCCAAAACAAUAUACUGUAUUUCAAUUUGUAUCUAUAAAGACAUGCACUGCAACAUA